AAAAAAAAGAACUCUCCCCUGUCUCGGCACCUCUACGCCCGAAAUCGCCGCCGCCGCGCCGCCCGACCCCGCCACCUUCCCGCACCAUAGCGCACCGGCGCGAACCCCCCUCGCUCUCUUCUCUGUAUUCUCCGCCGCCGCCUUGCAUCCUCCUCUCCUCACACACCUCCGCGGCUAACCCUAGCCGCCCCGGGAGAGAGAAAGAAAGAGGCAAAGAGCGCAAAAAUCGGCGGCGGCGGCGGCGGCGGCGGCGACGAUGAGGAUCGACGAGGUACAGUCGACGUCGAAGAAGCAGCGCGUCGCCACCCACACCCACAUCAAGGGCCUCGGCCUCGACGUACAUGCUUUUCCAUCUCUCCUGCUUCUCCACUCCUCCUGCGGGCGGAGAUUUUCCCGAGUUUUAGCUCAGGAGUGGUUCCCCGAAUUUUCCUCUUCGCAGGCCAAUGGGACGGCGAUAGGGAUGUCGGCGGGAUUCGUGGGGCAGGCGGAGGCGAGAGAGGCGUGUGGGCUGGUGGUCGACAUGAUCCGUCAGAAGAAGAUGGCUGGACGGGCGCUGCUCCUUGCCGGCCCACCUGCCACCGGCAAGACCGCGCUCGCUCUUGGCAUCUCCCAGGAGCUGGGCAGCAAGGUCCCUUUCUGUCCUAUGGUAGGAUCAGAAGUGUACUCUUCUGAGGUCAAGAAAACUGAGGUGCUGAUGGAAAAUUUCCGUAGAGCUAUAGGCUUGCGUAUAAAGGAAAACAAAGAAGUCUAUGAAGGAGAGGUUACGGAGCUUUCCCCAGAAGAAUCUGAGAGUUCAAAUGGUGGAUAUGGGAAAAGCAUGAGCCAUGUAGUAAUUGGCCUGAAGACUGUAAAAGGGACUAAACAACUAAAGUUAGAUCCUACAAUUUAUGAUGCUUUAAUCAAGGAAAAGGUGGCAAUGGGUGAUGUUAUAUACAUCGAAGCUAACAGCGGUGCAGUGAAAAGAGUUGGCAGAUGUGAUGCUUUUGCUACAGAAUACGAUCUUGAAGCAGAGGAGUAUGUGCCAAUUCCCAAAGGGGAAGUCCACAAGAAAAAAGAAAUAGUGCAGGACGUUACACUGCAUGACCUUGACGCUGCAAAUGCCCAGCCACAAGGAGGCCAAGAUAUUUUGUCCCUUAUGGGCCAGAUGAUGAAGCCACGGAAGACUGAAAUCACUGAGAAGCUGCGCCAAGAGAUCAAUAAGGUGGUUAAUAGAUAUAUUGACGAAGGUAUUGCAGAGCUUGUACCUGGUGUGCUGUUCAUUGAUGAGGUUCACAUGCUGGACAUUGAGUGCUUCUCUUAUCUUAAUCGUGCUCUCGAGAGCUCAUUAUCGCCAAUUGUAAUACUUGCUACAAACAGAGGAAUAUGUACUGUGAGGGGAACUGACAUGACAAGUCCACAUGGUAUCCCAGUCGACCUUCUAGAUAGGUUGGUUAUUGUACGUACACAGAUAUAUGGCCCUAUCGAGAUGAUCCAGAUAUUAGCUAUUAGAGCACAAGUGGAGGAGAUUGAAAUUGAUGAGGACAGUCUUGCAUUUCUAGGGGAGGUUGGGCAGCAGACAUCUUUGAGACAUGCUAUUCAGCUGCUGUCGCCUGCUAGCGUAGUUGCCAAGGCUAAUGGGAGAGAGAAGAUCUGCAAGGCUGAUCUCGAAGAAGUCCGUGGUCUGUAUUUGGACGCAAAGUCCUCUGCUCGUUUGCUUCAGGACCAGCAAGGAAGCUACAUCACCUAAACUAACUCCUGCACAAGAAUUCCCAGCUGUCGGCUCAGGUGAUUGGACUGUCUUCCCCUAGCAGAUUUGGUAAGCAGCCGCAUAGACUUCAUCAAGUGUACAAUUGGGGCAUUGUUUCUUAGCAGCUGCACUCUGGACUGGACAAUCGAUUCUGGUCUAUGGCUUCUUGCAUUUCUGUUUGCUGAUCAGAUCAUGUAGGAAUUAUCGUGUAUCUUCGUUGCCCUUGCUAAUUGACGGCUAGAUCCUGUUUCCCAAA